AUGCGUCUCGGAUCGGCCGGCCUCCUGGCCCUGCUCUGGUCCUUUAGCAGCAGCAACAUCGCGACAGCAUCACCACUCGCCGACGACGCCAAAGCCAUGCCCGGCCUCCGCCCAAGACAGGGGUCUGGCACAGGCUCAACACCAACAUCGACGACCCCCGUGGCAUCGACGCCCACGACGAGCGAAGCAGCAGAGGCGACGACCACAAUCACAGACACAGUCACCGUCGGCGGCGGCAGCGGAGGCACCGUCACCGUCACGUCCAACUUCCUCCGCACGGUCAUCACCACCGUCGUCGUCACCACCACCACCUUCGAGACCACCACCGUCACCAGCAACGACGUCGCAACAGCCACUCUGACCGAGUAUGUCACCUCCACCAUCCUCGCGAAGCGCUGGAUCAAAUUCCUCCCCGCCGAGACCGCCCCCGUCGCUGCCCCCGCCGCCCAAAUCACCCCCGCGGCCGACCUGCGCAAGCACGCCGUAAUCGAGAAGCGCGCCAUCGUCACCGUCUUCGUCACCGUCACGGGCACUGCCGGCGCCGACGCGACAGUCACCAACGUCCGCACCAGCACCGUCGUCCGCACCACCACUUCCAACCUCGUCCAGACCUCCACCAUCAUCAGCACCCUCUUCAACAACGCCCAGACCACAAUCACCGUCACUUCGACUCUGCUCGUCACCUCCACCUCGGUCGACACCACCUCCGCCGCCACCGUCGACACCGGCCCGACGACAGGCAACAUCGCCACCGCAACCGACAGCGGCACCUCGGCCACAGGCUCAAGCGACAGCGGCAGCGGCGACGGCGGCCUCUCCACGGGCGCAAAGGCUGGAAUCGGCGCGGGCGUGGGCGUCGUCGGCCUCGCGCUCCUCCUCGGCAUCGGCUGGUGGCUCUACAAGCGCCACAAGGCCAACCGCCCCAGCGCGGCCGACCUCGCCGACAUGCGCGCCUACGACCCCAACGGCCCGUCUUACGACCACGGCCACGGCAUGUCCGAGACGGGAGCCGGCCUCGGCGCAGCUGCCGCCACCACGCCGACUCACAGGCGCCAACCCGUGCCGCGCAAGAGCAGCCAGCUGUCGCCGCCCACGCAGAGCGUCAGCCCGAUGUCGAACCAGACGGUGUCGCCCGCCAACGACUACGGCUCCGGGUACACGAGGCCCGCGAACGGGGCGAAUGAGCUGGGCGGCACGCGCAUCCUCCCGCCUGAGAUGGGCGGCGACGAGGUUGUCGAGAUGGGCGAUGGGCAGCCUAGGCCGCAGCCGCCGCAGCAACGACAGCAUAUGACGUCGUUCCAGUCUGGGCCGGUGCCGGAUGUGUACGAGAUGCCUGCCCAGAACUAUCGAUAA